AUGCUGAGACUGGAACAGCACAAGCUUUAUUCAAUGACCAAAGAAUGGAGAAGUGGGAACCUGGUUCGCAAAUCAAGUUCUCAACCCAGUAAACGGUUGUCCUCCACCCCCCUGGAAAUCCUGUUCUUUCUGAACGGGUGGUAUUAUGUUACCUAUUUCCUGCUGGAACUCUUCAUAUUUCUGUAUAAAGCUCUGACUUUUGUAUUGGCAGGUCUCCUGCUACCAUAUCCAAGAGCCAAUCUAGUUCUGGAUGUGGUGAUACUCUUCCUUUAUCUUGGAAUUGAAGUAAUUCGACUGUUUUUUGGUACAAAGGGAAAUCUCUGCCAACGAAAGAUGCCACUUGGUAUUAGUGUGGCCUUGACCUUCCCAUCUGCCAUGAUGGCCUCCUAUUACCUGCUGCUGCAGACCUACGUGCUCCGCCUGGAAGCCAUCAUGAACGGCAUCUUGCUCUUCUUCUGUGGCUCAGAGCUGCUGCUUGAGAUGCUCACUCUGGCCGCUUUCUCCAGUAUGGACAGGAUUUGA